UCUUUAUUUUGGGGGGUGAAGAAAAUUUUCCACAACUAUCAAGUUGGGAGGUAGUUAUAAAAAAUGUAUAACUUCCUAAACUUAAGUGAUGACUGAGUUUAAACAUAAUGCUGUUGUAUGGUGGUGAGCCCUCAAUAUUUUCAAAAGGAGUCUGAGGGUUGUCAUAUCGAAAAAAGAAUGAAAGAAAAAAAAUCAACCACCAACAUGCGAAUAUAAAAAAGAAGGAAACCUCAACCAAUUGCACAACGACCGGAUGGAGGAGUCCAGAUAACACAACCAAGACAAGUCUCUGCAUCUAGGGAAGUUUGGGGUUCAGCUCCUUUUACUGUGGGAGAGCCUGAACUCAAUUAAUGCAAUUUUAGAAGCAUGGCCUGAAUGAUUCAGUCACUAUCAAGUCAAACUGAAAACGGUGAAAGGUUGCUACUAUUAUCAAGUAGGAAAAAUCUGAAGACAUAGAAACUACCCACAAGAAACAUGUCAUUUAGCAUCUUCACUUUUUGAUCUCCACAGAAAACAACGAGAAGUCACAUCGUCACAAUGAUGACAACUUCAGUCAGCAACUGGCCUUUCUCCUCCCAUGGAACACACUUUAUCACUAAUCACAGUGACCAAUCACCACAGAACUUCUCAAAAACAUCAAAUGUUACUACCGUCUGCUCCAUGGAUGAAAACUUACUGUCUAAUGUGUUAACAACAUUCUACUCUGUUAUUUUCAUUGUGGGACUGGUUGGGAAUGUUAUUGCCCUCUAUGUAUUUCUGGGUAUCCAUCGCAAAAGAAAUUCUAUUCAAAUUUACCUACUUAAUGUCGCCAUUGCAGACCUCCUGCUCAUCUUCUGCCUCCCUUUCCGAAUAAUGCAUCACAUUAACCAAAACAACUGGACACUGGGUGUGAUUUUUUGCAAGGUUGUGGGAACACUAUUUUAUAUGAACAUGUACAUUAGCAUUAUUUUGCUUGGAUUCAUCAGUUUGGAUCGCUACAUAAAAAUUAAUCGGUCUAUACAACAACGGAAGGUAAUAACAACCAAACAAAGUAUUUAUGUUUGCUGUACAGUAUGGACAAUUGCUCUAGCUGUAUUUCUAACUAUGAUUACUUUAACACUGAAGAAAGAAGGGCAUAAUUCCACAAUGUGUUUCCAUUAUAGAGAUAAGCGUAAUGCAAAAGGAGAAGCAAUUUUUAACUUCAUUCUUGUGGUAAUGUUCUGGCUAAUUUUCCUACUAAUAAUCCUUUCAUAUAUUAAAAUAGGCAAGAAUCUUUUGAGGAUUUCUAAAAGGAGGUCGAAAUUUCCUAAUUCUGGUAAAUAUGCUACUACAGCCCGGAAUUCCUUUAUUGUACUUAUCAUUUUUACUAUAUGUUUUGUUCCCUAUCACACCUUUCGAUUCAUCUAUAUUUUUUCACAGCUAAAUAAGUCAUCUUGCUACUGGAAGGAAAUCGUUCACAAAACCAAUGAGAUCAUGCUGGUUCUCUCAUCUUUCAAUAGCUGCUUAGACCCAGUCAUGUAUUUCCUGAUGUCCAGUAACAUCCGCAAAAUAAUGUGCCAACUUCUUUCCAGACGAUUUCAAGGGGAAGCAAGCAGGAGUGAAAGCACUUCAGAAUAUAAACCAGGAUACUCCCUGCAUGAUGUCUCUGUUGCAGUUAAAGUUUAGUCUACUUCUUAAAGUACUUGAGGUAAACAUAUUAAAAAGAACAACAAAACACAGACUAUUAAUUCCUUGAAGAACUAAAAAAUUGUAAAACAAAGCUCUAGUAUUUACAAAACUCCAAUCUUCUCAAAGCUCUUAUUUGCCGUAUUUCAUUUGCUUAAUUGUAAAAUAUUUCAAGGGAAAGAAAAGCUUACAUUUAUUACUAGAUUUUAAAUAUACACAUAAAAUCUUUUAAAACUAAAUUGUUAGCCUAACACGCUUAACAUAGAUUAUGAAGCUGAGUGAAAUUCAAUGGCUUUAACAACAAAAUAAUUAAGGAAAAUGUGAUAGUUUCUCAAGUCACUAAAGCAGUUAUUAAAAUCAAGCACCUGGUACUAGUACUAAUUUAAAGUAUGUUUAAAGUAAGUUAAAUGAUUUGGGAAUCAACUUAAAAUGUCAGAAAUAUAUGUUCAUUUGUCAUUUAAAAAGCUUGUAGAAUUUGUCAAUAUAUUCAUUUAUGCCUAAAUCUUUAUAUCAGAUGAAAUUAUAAUUAAUAAAAUCCUAAUAAAAACAACAUUACUCACUAUCUAUCACUGCUUAGAUAAAAACGGAAAGAAUUUAAAUACUGUGCAAUAAAAUCAAGCAACAGAUGAGCUAAGAAUUCAACAGCCUAGCAACAGGACUUAAAAAUCACCCCUUAUUCAAAACAGAAUUAUUAAUGACUUAGCCAUCUGGACCACAUUGGUAAAAUACCUUGUAAAAGUAAAGAUGUGCAUACCGUAUGGUCCAGCAAGUCCACUACUAAGUAUACAUCUUAUAGAAUUACUGAAAUAUGUAUACAAGAAAGCAUAUGUAAUGAUGCUCAGUAACGACUGUUCAUGACAUUAAACAACUGGAAACUACCUAAUUAUCCAUCAGAGCAAAGGAAUGGAGAAGUAAACUGUGGUUUAUUCACAAAGUGGAGUACUAUACAGCACUUCAAUUAAAUGAACUACAUCCACAUGCAUGAACAUGGGCAAAUCUCAAAAACAAUGUUGAGUAACAACAACAACAAACUGUAAAAGGGUAUGUACCAUAAGAAAUCAUUUAUGUAAAACGCAAAAACAUAUAAAACAAUAUCAUAUUCUUUAUGAAGCUAUAAAUAUGCAACAAAAAUACAAAACAUUUCAUGGCAAUACACACAACAUAUAUACCAACUUCAAGUUAACCUAGGUUACUUCUCGAGAGAUUCGAAGCAAACAUGGCAAAAUGCUAAUGUCUGUUAAACCUAGGUGGUAGGUACAUGGGUGUUUGCUGGUAUUACUUUUGUUAUAUUUAUGGGUGUUUGAAAUAUUUCAUAACAACAAAGAAAACCUGUAAAUUAGAAUUGAAAGAAUCAAAUUCUAAAAUUUUUGUUUAUGUUCAAAAAGAACUGUACUGUCAGGUCUAUGAGAAAAAGAUCUCUAUCUUGUUUAUCACUGCCUCCCUGAAGCUAAGCCCACUGCCUGGCACAGAGGAGAUCAACAGAUAUUUGCUGAAUAAUUGAAUGAACGAACGGAUAAACGAGACAGGGAGGAAAGGAGAGAUGGGGUGCUUAAAAGAAUAAAAAAAUUCACGUACUUAGGUUUUUUUCUAGUCAGUCUAUCUGGAUCUAGCAGUAUAGAACAUCAACAAAAUUGCAAUCUGGGUGGUAUCACUAGGGCAACCAUUCUCCGAAGUGUGGCCAGCAUUUGCCCAGUUCUUUGGUUACUCACAGAACGCAAAUGCUGUUGAGUGAAUGCGUAAAGGCCUGUUAUGAUAAACUCCAAGGAUCCAUUCAUAAGUUUCUAUCACAGAGGAGGAUUUUUUACAGUCAAAAUACUCCUUAAACCUUAAGGCAGGCCACUGUCUGGGAAAACAUUGUUAACGAGCAUUAAGAUUUUUGUUAGAGUCGACUUUAUUGUAACGAGAUUUGGCUUAUAUAUAAUUAAUGCUCAGUUAACCAUAUUUCAAAAAGUGCACAUAAUUGGUUGAAUAAAGAAUAGGUCAAAGUAGAAUUACAUUUAAAAAAAAAGUAAUAUUUGAGAAUAAAAAUGGAAAUUCACAGAAAAAUUAGAGGCUCAGAAAAAAGUAAUAAAAUGGUAUUAAUUACCUUGCCCUGACAAUGUUAACAAAUACCAACUAACUGAAAUUCAGCGUUUCUGUUUGUAUGAUUUAAAAAUACGAAUAUAUUUAUUUUCCCUUAUAUCCUAAAAUUUAAAAUAUUUUUCACAUUAUUGGUAAGCAUUUUAUAUUUCUCCAUGUCUUUAUCGUAAACAUACAGUUUAGUUAAAUUAUAUUAUCAAAUAUUAUUAUUAUUAUUAGUUUUAAGGAACAUUAAAAGAAAAAUAAAUAUACUCAUAGUUCUGGAUGCUGCUUGUCUCAUUAUUUGUAUUAAAUGAGACGAUCCUUAUAAAGUCUUAUACAAUGGCAUUAAACAUUUUUUUUAAACACAUUGAAUUAAUGCUUUCUGUAGUUAUUAUUUGCAAUAAAAUACAUUUUGAUUUGAAAAAGUAGGUUUGUUUAUAACUCUAUAAUAACACACUUUGAGCAACCUGAAUCCUGAGAAUGUUUCUAAAUUUUUAGAAAAAUAUGCUACUGACUUACCAAAUUUAAGGCUAUUUAUUAUAUGUAAUCUUUUAUUUGUUACUGAGCAUUAGUGUAUGCAAGCAGCAUAUCUACCUCCCUACACCCAAGGUUCAGUUCUAGAAGUAUACAGAAAAAGGAAAUUCAGAAAUAUAUGCAUAUAUUCACCUUGCAAAAGACCUUCAGAACAAAGUCUCUAAAUAACAUCUCCCAUAUGCAAAACCAAACAAGGGCAAAAUUAACUGUCUGGCUGUCAGAAUGAGACUGAAAUGCUGAGUAUUGUUGUUAGUUAUGGAAAAGUAUUUUGUGCAGAGCUCGGUUUAAUGGUGGUUGAAUUUCUAAGAUCAGGUCCGGAGAAAAAAGAAAAUGCUGUUCUAGUACAGAAGGUUUUACCUUCAACUUCUUUUUAAAAUGGAUUCUUUGGUCCUCUUGAUAUCAAAGUAGAACUAAUACAAUUAACAACCCUUUGAACCAAAGCCUUUCGGAAAGUUAUCCCCAAGAGAAAAAUGGAAUGAAAUAGAGUUCUCUCAACAGGCAUCUUGGAUUUUGCAGAAACAUGUUAAUAGGCUGAGUAUUUUUUAGGCUUUUGAAAUAUGAAUGGAAACGUACUUUACCAGAUAGUAAAAUAUAUUCUUUUCCUACAAUAAAGAAAACACUGUGGGGCAGACCCAAGGAUAAACUUAUCAGUGGAACAGAAUGCACAUCUCUAAGCAGACCCCAGAUGAUAUACGAGAAGAGUAUAUGACAAACUAAUUGUUCUCAAAAGGGUGGGGGGAGGAACAAAUCAGAGGGAGACCUAAGAUUCUGUUAGUCAAGAUGUACUAGAAUCUUGCAAAGGUGAAGUGUAAUUUUAAAAAGCUUCCCGAAUGACUCUGAUACACUCUUCUCCCUCAGUCAGAAUCUCUACAAAUAAAAGAAGCAUCACAAAAACCAUAGAGGAAGGGAGGGAUGGACUAAUAAAUACUGCUAUGUCUAUUUUUUUUGAAGUCAAUUUAUAGCCUCACCUUCUAUCACACCCAAAAAACUGUAAGUGAAUUAAAGAGUUGAAAGUAAAAUACAAAAUCAUUACGAGUCAAAAGCAUAUAAGCAACUGAGUCAUCUGUGGAUGGGUAAUAAUUUUCUAUUAAUAAAAUAAUAAAAAUAACUAUCAGAAAAAUCUCACAUAUUUGACUUAAAAUUUUAGAUUCUUCUUUGCCAAAAACCAUACACAAAAAUAUAAAGCAGGAAAAAUACUCACAACAGAUAUGACAUUUACUUUUAUGUCAGGCACUAGCAGACACAAUAAACUAUAUAUAAAGAAACUUGUAUUUUUGAUCAGAAGAAAGCAUUCAAACCCUAGAAUAUAAUCUGAAUAUCAACUCAGAUGAAAUAGAAAAUAAGGCACAUUCUCAUGUUGGGUGAUGCAGUGUCUUUUUUCAUAGCUACA